AUGUCACAAUCAAACACUGCAAAUUUCUUUGUCAGAAACAAAGCAGCAGUAGCUGUGACGAUUCUUGCAAGUGCAUCCGCAAUUGGCGCGUACUUGUAUUACCAGCAACAGCAAGAACAUAUCGAUGAUAGCUUGAGAGAAACUUCAUCAAAGAAAAAGAAAAACAAGAAGAAGAAGAAGGGUAAAGCUACUGGAGGCGAUGUAUCUAGUCCCUCAAAUGGAAAUGAAAAAUCCGAUCCUACGCAACAAAAGCUUUUCCCGGUUGACAAUAAAGGUCUACCAGCUAUCACGGAUGACAUGGUGAAUUCUCUUUCUGAGAAAGAGAAGGAGAGUUGGGCAGCAGCUUUGAAGGAAGACGGAAAUUCUAGAUUCAAGAGUAAAAAAUACGAGGAAGCCAUUGCAUUCUAUACUGCUGCUUUGAAGUUGAAAAUUGAUCCUGUUUUCUAUUCAAACAGAUCUGCAUGUUACGCAGCAUUAAAUGAUCAUGAGAAUGUUAUCAAGGAUACCAGUGCGGCAAUUAAGAUCAAGCCUGAUUACACUAAAUGUGUUUUGCGUCGUGCUACUUCAUAUGAAAUUUUAGAGAAAUACACAGAUGCUAUGUUUGAUUUAACUGCAUUGACUAUUUAUGGUGGAUUUAGUAAUAAGUCAGUGGAACAGGUCUUGGAAAGGGUUUUGAAAAAGCAUUCAGUCAAGAUCGUCGAAGAGAACUUGAAAAAUAGAGUCCUUGAGUUGCCCUCUGCAUCCACGAUUGGAUCGUUCUUUGGUGCCUUUGUUGAAGAAACAAACCCUGAGGGUAUAUCAGAGGAUUCUGAAGGAGCAGAUAAGUAUUUGUUUGAUGGAUUAAAGAAUAUGAACGCGAACACUCCUGAAGGCUACGAGGCUGCAGAUACUUACUUCAACCAAGCUGUAAAAGCUUGUGACGUUGAGAAAUUGGGUCCUGAUUCACCUAACGCUGCGAAGGCAUCAAUUGCUUUGGAGUAUAGUGCUUCAAUGAAAUUCUUGAAGAAUGAUCCUACUGCUGCUUCUGCUGAUAUUGAAAAAGCUAUCACUUUGAAACCUAGAGCAAGGACUUAUAUCUUCAGGGCUUUGAUUAAUGCUGACAAGGCUUCAUUUGCUGAAGCGAUAGCUGAUUUCCAAAUAGCUGAGAAGAUGGAACCAAAUUGUCCGGACAUUUACUACCACUUAGGUCAAUUACACUACUUAACAGGUAAUUUGAAACUUGCUGAAGAAAAUUUUAUCAAGGCUAAGGAUCUUAACCCAAAUAAUGUUUAUGCAUAUGUUCAGUUGGCUUGUAUUACCUACAAGAAUGGCGACUUCGCGGGUGCGGAAAAGAAGUUCAACGAAGCUAAAUUGAAGUUCCCAGCAUCACCGGAGAUUCCUAACUACUAUGGUGAGAUCUUAGCUGAUAAGGGAGAUAUCCCUGCUGCUUGUAAACUGUUUGAUGUUGCUGCAAGAUUGCAAGAAGUUUUGCCAAACUAUUCUGUAGGGGCUUUACCGUUGAUAAAUAAGGCUACAUUGAUAUCAAGAGAAAAUAUUGAAAAGUUGGAUGAGGCUGAAGAUUUAUUGACCAAGGCAUGUGAGUUGGACCCUAAAUCAGAAUUGGCUAGAAUCUCAUUGGCGCAGAUUAAGUUGCAGAAAGAACAAGUUGAUGACGCUAUUGUUCUAUUCGAAGAAUCUUCAAACUUAGCUAGAACUAUUGAAGAGAAAGUACAAGCUACAUCUUUUGCUGAAGCCACUAAAAUGCAGAAGAGAAUUAAAGUCGAUCCUAUUUUAACCAAGAAAAUCGAAGAAGUGAUGAAGCAGAAUGGUGUUUUAAAUUAA